AUGAACCGCUACACCACUCUGAAGCAGCUGGGUGACGGCACGUAUGGCAGCGUGCUCCUGGGCAAGAGCAAUGAGACUGGGGAGCUGGUGGCCAUCAAGAGGAUGAAGAGGAAGUUUUAUUCUUGGGAUGAGUGCUUGAAUCUGAGAGAAGUGAAGUCUCUGAAGAAGCUGAACCAUGCCAAUGUGGUGAAGCUAAAGGAAGUCAUCAGAGAAAAUGACUACCUCUACUUUGUCUUUGAGUACAUGAAAGAAAACCUCUAUCAGCUCAUGAAAGAAAGGGAAGCUAAGAUGUUUUCUGAAAAUGAGAUAAGGAACAUUCUGUUCCAAGUAUUGUCUGGCUUAGCAUUUGUGCAUAAGCACGGGUAUUUCCACCGUGAUAUGAAGCCAGAGAACUUGCUCUGCAUGGGCCCAGAGCUGGUCAAGAUUGCAGAUUUUGGACUAGCAAGAGAAAUCCGCUCGCAGCCACCGUACACUGAUUAUGUGUCCACGAGAUGGUACCGAGCCCCAGAGGUUCUGCUCAAGUCCAACUCCUACAGCUCGCCCAUUGACAUCUGGGCCAUGGGCUGCAUCAUGGCGGAGCUCUACACCCUCAGACCCCUGUUCCCCGGCAACAGCGAGGUGGACGAGAUCUUCAAGAUCUGUCAGGUGCUGGGAACGCUGAAGAAGUCGGACUGGCCUGAGGGCUACAACCUGGCCGCCUCGAUGAACUUCCGCUUCCCAAAGUGUGUCCCCACCAGCCUCAGAUCGCUGAUCCCCAACGGCAGCGACGAGGCGAUCGCACUGAUGAAAGACAUGCUGCAGUGGGAUCCUGAGAAAAGACCAAGUGCAGCUCAGGCUCUGCGGUAUCCUUACUUCCAUGUCGGCCAGGCGCUCGGUGCUCCAUUGAAGUAUUCAGAGCAGCACAAGGCUCAGGCAAAGCUGUUCGAGGCGUCUACAGAACCAAAGCCUCUGUCCCUCUGUAAGACAGACCUGGAGUCCAGCGAGCCAAGUCAGACCCAGGCAGAGCUGAAGACCUCCGGCCAAUCUCUAAACCAGCCUCUACAGGAGAUCCCCGUUCCUCAGGACAACACGGAGCCAACCACACAACAAGCCACACUGGGGCAGGAGGAACCUCUCAGCCUGGUGAAAAACAGGCAACCGACGAGCUGGCACACUGUCGCCGCCACUCAGCAAGGAGCAGAGAACAUUGUAUCCAGAGUCAGGACUGGACGCAGGCGAUGGGGCCAGACGUCUAUCAAGUCAGUCGACAGCUGGGACGACGGUGACGACACAGACGCUGGAGUUUCCAUCUCCAAAAAACCCACUAUCAGCUCCCUGAAAGACAGAGCACACAAUGGGCACAGCUGUCGAUUUCCAGAGUCAAAGAGCAAUGCAGUUGCAAAGUUAGCAAGCAACACUGGGCUAAACAGAACUGACUCCACCACCUUGUCUGCCAAGCAGCACUACCUCCGUCAGUCCAGGUAUCUGCCAGGCGUGAAUCCAAAAAGCAGCUCCUCGGUAGGAAGCCAGGUGGGCGGCAGAAACCUGUGGGACAGCUCGUGCUUAACCAGAGGACAGGGCCUGGAGUUCCCUCUUAAUAAAGAUGCUAGUUUUCCUAAAGUAGCAGAUAAGCAGCCUAUGAAGGAGAAGACCCUGGAGGAUCCUGAUCUUUCCAGAGACUUCUUCAUGAGCAACACCAAUAACCCAGCCAAGACUUACAUAUCACCUUUUCAGAGGACCGAAACAGGAGCAGCCCGACAGAGGAUUACACUGGCACCGAUUGGAGGCACCUCUGCUAUUGAUCUGUCCUCAGCUGCUGAUCUGAGAAUUGACUGUAAAACCAAAACGUCAAAGAUCUCUUCGAAUAAACUUGCUUCCUCAAAUGAAGAGUAUGAGGGGUGGAGGAGCAGAUCUCUGAAUCCUCAGAUCCCUGGAUCCAGCACCAUCUCUGUAGGGAAGAAAGCCUUCGCACGGAGCACAAACAACCAGGCAGUGCACGGGCGAGUUGACUGGACCGCCAAAUACGGAGGUCACCGGUAG